ACGGCCUGAAUACGUCUACUAGCCAACAUGGAUGUUCUAGGACUGGUGAAUAUCCCAGUGUGGGUCCUUAUUGUCCUGGCUCUAUGUUUCCUGUACUACAUGUAUUCGACCGCUAACUUCGGUGUUUUUAACACGAUGGGAGUGCCCGGGCCCAAACCAACGGUACUCAUGGGAAAUCUCAGAGAGAUCGUGAAAAAGGGAUUCGUGGAAAUGGAGGGCGAAUGGGUGAAGAAGUAUGGACGUGUGUACGGGAUAUUUGAAGGCCGUAAUCCGAUAUUGAUUGUUGGGGAUCUUGACAUGUUGAAAGACAUCAUGGUUAAACACUUUCACAGCUUCACCAAUAGAUCGGGUAGGUUGUGCGCUUAA